GUAAUUUUUAGGUACUUUUAAAGUAUGGAGGAUGAUACACAUUUCUCUUAGAUUCAUAAUAAUAAAAUCAACUCAUUAAAAGUCUACUAUAAAUAUGAGAGAAAAAAACUCCAUUUGUUCCGAGUACCUUAGAAUUUUCCUAGAAAAUAAUGAUACGAGCAACAAAAAUUUCACCGGCAGGAACGAGACAUAAAGAGUUGGUUGGUAGAGUUUUGGGACCCAACUCUUGAUCGAGGGUGUCCCUACCAUGGAAUAUCUAAUCAGAUCCUUCCGAGAAAUGAAGUACUUUGACCAUAUUAUGGAUCUAUUGGUUCGAUCAGUUUAAGUGUUACAUACCCUUUAAUCUAAGCCGUCUGAUUUUUAUACAUUCAUUGGUCCACAUUCCACAAAACCAAAAGCUUUUAGAGAGAGAAAGAGAGAGACAUGUUGACUUCAUAAAGGAAAGGGAAGUUGACGUCAAAGUCCUUACAUCAGCCUAGGUCAUCGCGUUUCUCCUUACCCAGCUGUUUCCUCUAUCAUUCCAAGAAACUUCUUUUUUAUUAUUUGUUUAUUUCUAAUUCCAUUUUUGCUCUAAACCUUUUAGAUAUAUAUAUACAAGCUAUACAUGUUGUCUUCCCUAACCCUCCAAUUCCUACCUCCAACAUCUCUCUCUUUUUGAUUCUUGAAAUUGAACCUUUUUUUACAACCUCCAACAUUUCUCUUAUCUCUUUCACUCUGAUUCUUGGAUUUAAAUUUGGAGAAAAAAAUGGCGGCCAAAAGAUAUUUUAAUGCAUCUGAAUCAAAUGAAGAUCAGCCACCGGAGAAAAAGAUGAAAUCUAGACCUUCUUUUGCUUCAGUUAUUGGAGAAGUGGUUAUGGUGAAUUCACUACAGAAUCUUUUCUCAGCAUUGGAACCUUUGCUUAGAAGAGUGGUGAAGGAAGAGGUGGAGCAUGUUCUAGGACGCAGCACACGCUCCUUGCUAAGGUCCCCUUCAUUGCGAAUUCAAGCUCUAGAGCCAUCAAGCUUGAAACUAAAGUUCAGUAACAAGCUUUCACUCCCCAUAUUCACCGGAAGCAAGAUUGGAAGUUUUGACAACAAUCCACUUCAAAUAUUUGUGGUAGACAAUGCUAAUCCAAAUGUUCCAAGAAUUCUCCCUCAACCAAUCAAGAUUGAAAUUGUUGUUGUUGAUGGAGACUUCCCUCAGGGGGAUAGGGAAACUUGGACUAGUGAAGAAUUCAACAACAACAUUGUGAAGGAGAGAACCGGAAGGCGGCCAUUGCUUACCGGAGAGUUAAAUGUCACCAUGAGGGAUGGUUUUGCACCAAUUGGAGAUAUAGAAUUUACUGACAAUUCAAGCUGGAUUCGAAGCCGAAAAUUUAGGGUUGGCGUAAGAGUGGUUCCAGGAAGCAAUGGAGAUGUUAGAAUUUGUGAAGCCAUGACUGAACCUUUUGUUGUCAAAGAUCAUCGUGGAGAAUUGUACAAAAAGCAUCAUCCACCAAUGUUGGAUGACGAUGUUUGGCGCCUAGAGAAGAUCGGAAAAGAUGGAGCUUUCCAUAACAAGUUGAAAUCUGAGGGCAUAAAAACUGUACAAGACUUCUUGAAGUUGUCUAUUGUGAACCCUCAAUUACUUCGGAAGAUUUUAGGUGUCGGAAUGUCUGACAAAAUGUGGGAAGCCACGAUAAAGCAUGCUAGGACUUGCGUUUUGGGCAACAAACAGUACGUUUUCCGGGGAAAUAAUCAUUUGGUCAUGUUAAAUCCAAUAUGCCAAGUUGUGAAGGCUGUGAUUGAUGGCCAUGAUAGGGACCUAAGCAGUAUUGAUAGGACCUACAUUGAGAGAUUAGUGAGGGAAGCAUAUGUGAACUGGAGUUCCUUAGAAGAGGUGGAUGCAAGUUUGAAUGAGACUGCCUUACUAACACAAGGGGAAAUGAUGGAGCAAUAUCCCAAUCAUCAACUGACGAUGGUGAAGCCAUUUCAGCAACAUGGAUACAUUGUUGAUAGAGCUAUUGAUAUGGGGUACGAAUUGAAUAGUGAUCAGGCUGGAUGCAUUGACUUGACAUAUGUAAGCAUGCCCAGUAGUAAUAUUGGAAUCAACUAUACCAUUACAGAGUCAUCAUCGGACGGUGAAUUAACACCUUCAGCUCCAAGGUCAUUCCUCAGUGGGAAUUGAAGGUGAAUCAUUGUCAGGUGUAUAUAGGCAAUGCAGCCAAUGCCACCCAAGGAGUUAGUGUUAGGGCAUUAGUGCUGAAAAUUUACGUGGUUUGAAAGUGCUUUUUUUUUUUUUUUUUAAGAAAAAAUAAUUAUGUGCAGUUUGGGUUAUUAAAUUCAUAAUCAAUGUAACAGAUUGAUUGCAAAGAAAGCAAUUUCACAAUUA